UUUACAAAAUAAGUUAAUAAAUGUUUACAAAAAAAAAUUAGUUUCAAAUGUUUGCCGCAAACAUCAAAACUGUCGGCAAAUUGUGGCCAUUAUUACGAUAUGGCUGCCGUCCAUUGCAACGGCGCACUAGACAUCAAUUAUCGUCGGCCAAAAUCAAACAAUAUUUUACCGAAAAUCAAUUGAAACUAUCGCCUGAUUUGUUCGUCAGCUACGAGAUGGCCGAAAAAGAGUUGGACGCCUUGCGGCUGAUUGAGACAACCGACGAUAGCCCUGAACUGCGCCAAUUGGCUGCCGACGAUUGCCACCAAUUGAUUGACCGGUUGACUAUAUGUUUGAAACAGAUUAUCGCCGAAGCCAUUCAAGCCGACUCAACCGAUUACCAGAUUGCCGAAUGUUGUCUGGAUGUAAAUGCCGGCGUCGGCGGACAGGAGGCCAUGUUGUUUACGAAAGAACUGUUCGAUGUCUACUGUCGACUGUGCGAUAACCAGAAGUGGACGUAUUCGGUAGUGGACAACGAUUGCGAUACCGAUUAUGGCGGUUCGCGACAUUCGUCGCUAAUUAUUGCGGGAAACGGUUGCUAUCGGCUGCUGAGACACGAGGCGGGCGUACAUCGGGUUCAGAGAUUUCCGAAGACCGACCGACACCGGGUGCACACAUCGACAACAACGGUAGCCGUCAUACCUGUCCGACACAAUGUAGUUGACAUUCAGGACAACGAUCUGGUCUAUCAGAUGACAACAUCGUCGGGCGCCGGCGGCCAACACGUCAACCGUACGCACACAUGUGUUCGGGUGACACACAAGCCUACAGGUAUUGUGGCCACUUGUCAGGAAACCCGAUCGCAGCUACAAAACAAAGAGAUUGCCGCACGUAAGCUCAGGGCUAUCAUAAAUCAGAUGGAAUAUGAUAAACGUCGACGGGAUGAACGCAGUACAAAGCGGGCACAGGUAGGUCAGGCCGACCGUAGCGACAAAAUCAGGACAUAUAACUAUCCGCAGAAUAGGAUAACCGAUCAUCGAUUGAAUGAUAGUCUAUACGAUAUCGAGGGCUUUAUGUCUGGCGGCGGCAACAAUAGCAAUAAGUUGCGCUAUUUUAUGGACAAAUUAGAGUCCCAGAGCUAUCUACAGGCUUUCGAUAGGCUCAGGGAUGAGUUGAACCGAUUGAUAAUUACAUAAUGAUUGUUAUGUGAAGUUUUUUUUAAUAAUAAUCUAUAGUUUACCAGUAAUUAAUCAUUUACUAAUUAAUUUUGUUAUCUAAAUAAUAAUAUAAAUUUAUAUCU